AUGUCCGCCUCCGACCUCUCGCCUCCGGUAUCGACUUCUGCCGUGACGAACUCUCCCCCGUCUUCGAGUGACUCGUCUUCACAGCUCGAGCAUUUCACCACAGAGCUCACCUCGGAACCCUCCCAGCCCUCGCCAUCAACAACAAUAACAACACCGACGACAGACGUGUCGCAUCCCGAACCCGAGAGGCACCCAAAAGGAAAGAGGAAGAGGACUGCAGCCAAAGACAAGACUAUUCUCGAGAAUGCCUAUCUUGCAAACGCCAAACCAGACAAGGCGGCGCGUCUGGAAAUCGUGAAGCGCGUUUCCCUCAACGAGAAGGAGGUUCAAAUAUGGUUCCAGAACCGUCGUCAGAAUGAUAGACGCAAGUCGCGUCCACUCUCUGCUCAAGAGAUUGCUGCUAUCCGCAAUGGUGGCAUGGUGCCCCUCUCCUCCGAUCCAUUGGCCUAUAGCUCUUCACUUCCCGAAGAGACGACGUCGCCCGCGGCGGAUUGCGCUUCCACAAACGGCCCUCCGCCGAUGGAGACUCCGGUCAAGCCCGCCUACACGGGAGCCGUGGGUGCGGUUGAGGCACCCCGGACCAUCAGCCCGUCUAUCAGCACCACGAAUACGGAAUGCAAGACCUUGGAAACUCCGUCGUCUCAACUGUCAGGCCCUGCAUCUCAACCUCAGUCCGCAUCCUUCUCCUUCUCAAGCUCCAUCGGAUUCCUGUCCAAUCGCUGGAACCCUGCUAGUCCAUUCUCUACGCCGUCCACGCUCAACCGCAGUGCAGACGACACACCAAGAUCUGGUCAAUGCCCGCCGUCUUCCGCCGAAACUACCGCGUCCGCAGCGCCCAUUCUCCCCCCUCCUCAGUCACACGUGCGCCUGUCUCUGUCUCUCGAGGGCAAGGCGGAGCUGGUCUCUAACGAGGCGUCUCCCCCAAGACUUCAGUCCACCGGAAUAUUCUCCGAUCUUUCGAGUCUACCACAGGUCAGGUCACGGCCUUUUCAGCGGAGUCACAGCGCACUGCCUAGCGUGACUUUGCCUCCUAUAUCGGCUCUGACCGACUCGCUGCCACCGACGAUGUCACGGGGGCGAUCUCGAGAUGCUCAUGCAUGGGAGCUGUGCUGCGACGCGGACACCCGUGAUGAGCUGACUGCACAGGCAGAGAACGAGUCUAACGGUUCUGCUGUUGCUGCUAUUAGUCUACUGCGCUCAACCAGCGGUGUUCUUCAAAAUAACAAUUCCAAGCGGAACUCCCCAGCUAGCAGAUCGAUGACUCGAUCGCAGCAAGCCAAGAAACCGAAGCUGAGUCGGACGUCUUCGAGCGCGGCCAGGAUACAAACCCCGCUGGUAGACGUCGUCGAGAGCGUUAAUGGACCCGUACACAAGACGGAACCAAGAAAGCUCCAGCUCAACAUGCUCCUUUCUCCGUCGGGUGAUUCUGAUAAGGAGAACUGGCUUCCAGAUGACGAAGGACAUUCGCGGCGGGUUCCAUCGUCUCAAGAGCCCCGAAGGCCAAUACCCACCACGACAGCUAGCCAGCCUAACGCGAGGCGGACGGGACGCGUUCUACAGGACCACCCUGGACCGGUCAUCUUCAGUGGUAAUCGCGCCAGGACGAUGCCGGCAAUGGGCCGUCGAGACUCCGGAAAGGAUCUUUCGAUCUUCGAAGACGAGGACGAUGCACAAUCACCAAAGCCUACGGACGAAGUGGAGAGAUUCAUGCGCGGUGAGGUCAGCCCAAGCAAGAAGGGAGACAUGGAUUGCAUCGCGGGACUACUGUCGCUAAGCCAAGGAAAUUGGAGAUGA